UCCUACCUCCUCCUAGUGCAAUAGCUGCCGGCCGGCCAAGACACGGAGCACCGAGCGCGCAUAGGCAUGGCGGGGUCUCCGGCGUUGAAAUUCACGGUGCGCCGGCAGCCAGUGGUGCUUGUGGCGCCCGCGGGGCCGACGCCGCGGGAGCUGACGCGGCUCUCGGACAUCGACGAUCAGGACGCGCUGCGGUUCCAGCUCCCCAUCAUCCACUUCUUCCGGCGACACGACGGACGGGACGACGACCCUGCGCCGGUGCUACGCGACGCCAUCGCGGCGGCGCUCGUGCACUAUUACCCACUGGCUGGUCGGUUGAGGCAGCUCGAGGGCCGCAAGCUCGCCGUCGACUGCACCAGCGAGGGCGUGCUGUUCGUCGAGGCCGACGCCGACAUCCGCCUCGACCAGUUCGGCGCCGCCCUGCAGCCGCCUUUCGCGUGCCUCGACGAGCUCCUGUUCGACGUCCCUGGCUCCUCCGGCCUCCUCGACACCCCAAUCAUCCACUUCCAGGUGACAAGGCUAGCAUGUGGAGGCUUCAUCAUGGCGUCGAAGAUACAACACACGGUGCUGGACGGGCCAGGGAUGGUGCAGUUCCUGGCUGCCGUGGCGGAGCUGGCGCGGGGAGCAGUGGCACCGACGGUGCGGCCGGUGUGGGCACGAGAGCUGCUGAUGGCUAUGCACGACGACCCGGCGCCACCUACAGUAUUCACGCACCGAGAGUAUGACGACGUGCCGGAUGCCAGCCGCACCAUCAUGCCCCUCGAGUCCAUGGUGCGCCGCCCCUUCUUCUUCGGGCCCGGAGAGCUCAGCACCAUCCGCUCCCACCUCCCGCCGGCCGUCCGUCGCAGCGCCACCGCGUUUGAUCUCCUCACGGGGUGCUUGUGGAGGUGUCGCACCGUGGCGCUGGCCCCCGUCGCCCACGAGGAGAUGCGGAUGAUUUGCCUCGUCAGCCCCCGAGGCCGGAAGCAGCAGGACGGCGGCACCCCCGUCGUCCCUGUCGGCUACUACGGCAACGCGUUCGCGUGCCCGGUCGCCAUCUCCACGGCCGGCGACCUUUGUGCCAACCCGGUGAGCUACGCCGUGGAGCUGGUGAUGAAGACCAAGAGGGAGGUGGACAUGGAGUAUCUGAGGUCGGUGGCACGCCUCAUGGUGCGGCGGGGGCGGCCGCACUUCACGAUGGUGCACGCAUACGUGAUGGCGGACGUAUCUAAGUUUGGGUUCCGCGACCACGACUUCGGGUGGGGCACACCGGUCUACGGCGGAAUGGCCGAAGGUGGCAUCGGCCAUAUGGCCGGGGACACCAGCUUCCUCAUCGCCGUCAAGAAUUCCAAGGGUGAGGACGGCCUCGUGGUGCCCGUGUGCCUGCCUAGUCCCGUCAUGGACAAGUUCGUGGAGGAGAUGAGAAGGUUGAUGCACCCGGCCGUCGGUGCCGUGGCCGUACCGCGGCAACUUCCUGUGAUCAGAUCUCCUAUAUGAACCGAGUCCGGCCAGCCUACCAUAAAUAAGCCGGAGUUGAGUUAUGCAUGGUAUACUCCCUCCGUUCCUAAAUAUAAGGUUUUUUACUGAUUCUAUAAUAGGGACUACAUGCAGAGCAAAACAAAUGA